AUCAUAGCAAGCAAAUUAAACACCUCUCUCUCUCUCUCUCUCUCUCUCUCUCUCUCUCUCUCUCUCUCCGCACAAAAAUGGUUGCAUCGGACAAGAAGAGCUCCGUGCACAGCGUGAAGCUGUCGUCGGUGGUGCCGGCUAGAGUGACGGGCGACAACACGGUGCACGGGCUGACAAGCAUGGACCUGGCGAUGAAGCUCCACUACCUCAAGGGGCUCUACUUCUUCAGCAGUGAAGCCGUCCAGGGGCUCACCAUCGCCGACCUGAAGAAGCCCAUGUUCCAGGGCCUGGAGCUCUAUCCCAUGACGUCUGGCAGGAUCAGGCAGUCCGAGAGUGACAGGCCCGUCAUCAAGUGCAACGAUAGCGGGGUCCGCAUCAUCGAGGCCCGUUGCGACAAGUCGCUGGAUGAGUGGUUGGCGGCAACCCAGGAGGAGGAUGGUGGCUGGGAGCUCCAGGACUUGCUGGCUCAUUCUCAGGUUCUUGGCCCGGAUCUUGGCUUCUCUCCCCUGAUUUAUGUUCAGUUCACUUGGUUCGAAUGCGGAGGAAUCUGUGUGGGUCUAAGCUGGGCUCACGUCCUCGGAGAUGCCUUCUCAGCUUCGUCCUUCAUCAACAUGUGGGGCCAGAUCAUGGCCGGUCACGCGCCGCCCAAGUCCCUCCACGCGCCAGUUCCCAAAUGGCCCUCAUCCCCCGGCAAAUCGACGCUCGACACGGCGCCAUUGACCGUUAAAAGGGUCGACCCGGUUGGGGACUGUUGGUUAGCCGUCAACAACAGUAAGUUGGAGGCAUACUCCGUUCACCUCACCUUGCGACAACUCGAUCACAUCACAAGCAUAUGUGGAUUGGUUGGUGAAUCUAAAGUCCCACAUUUCGAACUGCUGUCCGCUUUGAUUUGGAAAUCCGUGUCGAAGAUAAGGGGAGACGGCGGGCCGAAGAUCGUAACCGUGUGCGAGAAUAAUGUCCAUAGAGAAGUGAACCAAUUACCCUCAAACAGCAUGGAUUUGAGCAGGGUCGAAGUGAAUUUCUCGGUGGCAGAAGCGGAAGUAUCCGAUCUGGCGAGGCUGAUCACCGAGGCGGAGAAUGAGAAUGGCAUGAUUGAAGAAAUGGUGGAGAAAGAUGAAGGGAAGCUGGACUUCAUCGCAUAUGGGGCGAAUUUGACAUUUGUGAAUUUGGAUGGUGCAGAUAUAUAUGGGCUAGAGUUGCAGGGCCGAAAGCCAAUUUUUGCAAAUUACAGAAUAAGUGGGGUUGGAGAUGAAGGGGUGGUGUUGGUCCUUCCAGGACCAGAAAAUGGGGAUGAAAAGGGUGGUGGUGGGCUUGCAAGGACGGUGACAAUGGUCCUGCCCGAGGCUCAGAUGGCACAGCUCAAGGAGGAGAUUAACGGAACGUGGGGAAUUUUGCCCCAGUGACGGCGUGUCGGCUACUGAAACGAUGUCGAGACUCGUUCUACCGGUGGCCAUGAAUAACAAAAGUCAAUCAUAGCACAU